GGCAACCCUCGUGGACGAUCGCAGGAGAUUCAAAUAAGUGAGACAGGAAAGUCGUCGAACAAUUUCUCAACGGAUUAUACCAAGAUUUGCUCUCCGGAAAGUUGGGUAAUUCCUUUACAAGUUCGCGCUGGAAGAAGUUUUCGCCCGCCACGAGCCCCCUUUUCCUCUCCAUCUAACCCUUCGAUCUUGCGCCCUCGCUUUCGCCAUGUUGCGCUCCACGAUGACAAUGAAAUAAUUUCAUUCCGCUUCAAAGAGCGCUUCGUUGACACGACGAAAUUAGAGGUCCGGUUUUUACGAAAGUUUCAAACGCGGAACAUCACCUUUGAGCGUUUCAAAUAGCGACGAAAAUAGCGAACGUCAGCUGUGCCAAUGUCAAACUUGCACAGAAUAGCACAAUGAAUUAUAACGCCACGUAUCUAAUGUUUUUAAUGUUCUGCUUGGUAUUGUCCGAGUAUGAAGCGAACGAUAAAUCAAUUCUCUCAAGAAAACGACGUUACAUCGUUUUUCCCGAAGGUUCUACAUUUUCCAUCGCUCUUUGUCUGACGGUACACACCCUGACCCCUGACAACAUUUUCACGGAGGGUCUUAACUGGGGUAUCUCCUACGACCUGCCUAACGAGAGCAAACCCGCCCUGGAGCCAUUCCUGCAGCUAAGGAACGAUAAACUUAAAAGUGGCAACAAGCACGACCGUUACGGUUCCACUGCACUCGCUAAUAGGAACGGCCCUCUGAAAUAUUCAGGAUGGAAUAACGAUGUCAGGACACAUUUCGCGCCCGGCGGAAAGAAGUACCGCAAGUCGGAGUACUAUUAUUUGCAAAGGAGGCACCGAAGGGAGCUUUACAACAAACUAGAGGUUAUCAUGAAUGCGAUGGGCUUCGAUGGCAGAACAUGCAUUCUACGCGCACUUUGCGAAGCAUCUCAGCGAUUAAUGCCGAGAGGAAACACCUUGAUAGAAGAAAUGAUGCGGAUAUCAUUCUCACUACCCUUAAAGAGGGUGUUCUCCUUCGAACCCGACGAGCAUCGCACGUACACUCAAGCACAUAAAGCCGGCCACGAGGGCAAGGACUGCGCCGCCAUGUUUCCCGAGUGCAGUUUCUCCCUCAUCGACUUGGCCCUCGGGAAAUAUAACGCACCCCCGUCCGUCCCGAGUCUCGUAGAUCCCGCGACCGAAACUUUCGGCAUGGAGGACGAGUCUGCCAUGGAUUGGACGAAAUACAGCAUGAAGUAACGCGAUGCAUGCAGAUGGUAACCUGAUUCUGACAAACGUGCAUCAUCAUGAUACCGAUGAUCUACCCGAGUAAGGUAAACGAUCGUUACGAAUGUCGAGAGGAAGUAUAACACAAAUUUGCUAGAGAAACAGAUUUUUCCUAUUGCAAAUUCAUCUUUAAUGCAUGACUGAAAAUGAAUCUUAAUUCAGAAUCAAUUAUCAAUCUGUCAUCACAUCGUGUGUCAAAAUGCUCCGAUUACGCAGCUUUCAUAAAAAGGCAUAUUUUUAAUAAACGGGAGAUGCGCUUUCAUAUAUCUUUUUUUAAAAACACGUCACAAAGUUAAAUAAUAUGUCUCAUGAAUUUUUUUAUAUUAUUUAAUAAAUUUUAAAUAUUAUGUGUAGUUAUAGUUAAAAAAAGAUGUCCAACAAGUUACAUACAUUUAAACAACUAACAUUGUUUAACUAACUAACCUACGAAAGGUGAUUUGCGGGUAUAUCAUUAAAUGGAAUGACGCGUGAUUCGCGAAUAAUAGAGUUGAGAAUGGAAAUUGGAACGUUGCUAUAUGUAACAGCCGGAAAAGCAUUCACGUGACACGUGGAUACGGUUAUACAUAUUUUCCAUAACAAGCUAUAACAAUUUCUCGUUAUAUUGCUAUCGUAACACAGUAGGACAAUUUAACUAAUUGGAUAGGAUUGUAUUGGAUUAAACAGCACAUGGAAUACGAAAGCAAUGAAAAGAUAUAUAAAGAUAAGAAGAAAUAAGAAGAAGAGAACGGGCUAAAGAUCAUCGAAAUUCAAAGAGAUAUAAUAUGCUUCAUUCUUGCGAAUACAUCGUCGAUAUUGCACAAUAUUUCAUGGAUAUUUUAUAGAGACUUCCUUACGUUUCAAAAUGUCAUAUUACAAUGCCAGUUUAAAAUUAAAUUCUUAUGCAUUGUAGAUCAAAAAGCGAAUUGUAUAACAUUCUUAUGUAAGAACUAACUUUAAAGAUAUAAACUUUAAGAGAAUAAUAAUUUUUGCUAUAAAAUAUUAUAAUUAAGUGCAAAGUAUUAUAAUUAAACAAAAAUAAGAGCUUACAAAGAAGAUAUAAAAGCGAUAUAAAGAUAAUAAAAUUUUUAAAAUUUCAAUGAAGCAAAGAGAUUUUAUUCUCGUAUAGAAUUGAUGAUUAAUUCGAAUAUUGAAAUUGGUUGGUCAAAUAAUAAAAAUAAAAUUGUAUGAAAAAAUAGCAUUUCGUAAUCGAGAUACAGAAUGAUGUCAUUAUCAGAGAAAAUAACUAGUAAUUCUAUGAUUAAUAAAUAUGUAUGUUAUUUAAAUAUUAUAUAUUAUAGAAAAAAAAUUUAAUUAUUGGCAUAUAAAGCUCACUAAUUAAAUGCAAGUACUGAAUUUUAAUUAUAACCCCAUGAAUUUAAUUUAUAUAAGAGAAAACGCGGAUAUUAGAUAUCUCAAUUACAUUUUAUAUACAAAAUGCAUCUGUUAUUUCCCGUGUAUUCGAUAAUUUUUAGUUUAUUUAUACAAAAUGACAUAUCAAAAUAUAAUAAGUAUAAUUAAAAAAUACAGAAUGCAUAUUUAUAUGCAAUAUAAAUUCCGUUUUAACAAUAUUUUCAAAAAUUAGUUAAAACGAAAGAGAAAAUUUUCAGAGAAAAUAAUAG